CUACUGCUGCGGGAAUCUUGGUGACUCUUCCGGUUGGUUCAGCUAAUCGGAACACACAGAAGCGGGUGGCCCGAGUGCACCGGAGGGAGUUCUCAGGGCCGCUGCCGCCUUACUGCUGCGGCAGGGGCGUGGAGGGCAGGGGCGGCCGGGCUCAAUUGCAAACAUGGCUCAGAGCAGAGACGGCGGGAGCCCAUUCCCCGACUCCGGCGAGCUUGACAAUCCCUUCCAGGACCCAGCUGUGAUCCAGCACCGACCCAGCCAGCAGUACGCCACGCUUGAUGUCUACAACCCUUUUGAGAACCGAGAGCCUCCCCCAGCCUAUGAGCCUCCUGCCCCAGCUGCAGCCCCAGCCCCGUUGCCGCCUCCCACAGCUCCCUCUGUACAGUCCUCAAGAAAGCUCAGCCCCACAGAGCCCAAGAACUAUGGCUCCUACAGCACUCAGGCUUCUGCUGUGGCAGCCACUGCUGAGCUGCUCAAGAAGCAGGAGGAACUCAACCGGAAGGCGGAGGAGCUGGACCGCCGGGAGCGGGAACUGCAGCACGUUGCCCUGGGUGGCACAGGUACUCGACAAAACAACUGGCCUCCCCUUCCAUCUUUUUGCCCAGUUCAGCCUUGCUUUUUCCAGGACAUCUCCAUGGAGAUCCCUCAAGAGUUCCAGAAGACAGUGUCCACCAUGUACUACCUCUGGAUGUGCAGCACUUUGGCUCUUCUCCUGAACUUCCUCGCCUGCCUGGCCAAGUUCUGUGUGGAGACCAGCAGUGGCUCAGGCUUCGGGCUGUCUAUGCUUUGGCUCCUCCUCUUCACCCCCUGCUCCUUUGUCUGCUGGUAUCGCCCAAUGUAUAAGGCUUUCCGGAGUGACAGCUCAUUCAAUUUCUUCGUGUUUUUCUUCAUUUUCUUCGUCCAGGAUGUGUUCUUUGUCCUCCAGGCCAUUGGCAUCCCAGGGUGGGGCUUCAGUGGCUGGGUGUCUGCGAUUGUGACGGUGAGCACCAACACCGCCGUCGCUGUGCUCAUGCUGCUGGUUGCCCUGCUCUUCACUGGCGUGGCUGUGCUGGGAAUUGUGAUGCUGAAGCGGAUUCACUCCUUGUACCGCCGAACAGGAGCCAGCUUUCAGAAAGCCCAGCAAGAAUUUGCUGCCGGUGUCUUCUCCAACCCCGCAGUUCGAACUGCUGCCGCCAAUGCAGCCGCCGGGGCUGCGGAAAAUGCCUUCAGGACCCCAUGACCUGACCGCCACUGGAAUGUCCUGACCCUGCCACCUGUGGGAACUAAGAUAGUCCCUGUCCCUGAAGUCACAGGGAUUAAGAGACAUCACUACUUACUGACUUCUAUAGGGCUCUUAAUUCCACAGCCAUGACUCUAAAGCUGACUCAGAGGUGUGGGAGCCCACUGUGACUAGGUCAUUACUUGCCUUUAUUCCCCCAUCUGGCCACAUUGCUGCCGCCUCUCACAUACCCCAAACCCAGUUUCCCUCUGCUGUGCCAAGGAUGUCUCUUCCGUUAUUUAAAUUAAAAAAGAAAAAAAGUAUAACUGAAA